AUGAACGGGAACGGCAUCUCGACCCCCGGUGGCCACGCCGGCCCGUCGAGCCGACCACCACCCCCGGGCGCUCAGCUGCCUGGUCCAUCGGGUGUCCGCAACACCACCAACGAGGAGGAGAAAACCCCCAUUGAGAAGCUCGCACACGCAAACGAGCAAACCUGGCUCAUGAUAGGACGUGUAGCCGAGCAGAUGGGAAACCUGGAGCACGCGCUGUCCGCGUACGAGAACGCCCUCCGUCACAACUCCCAUUCUUUGUCAGGCUUGACACAAGUCGCUGGCAUCGCGCGGAUCAAAGAGAACUAUCCCAAGGCUGUCGAGUACUUCCAGGCCGCCUUGCAGCUGCAAGGUGAUAACGGCGAAGUUUGGAGCGCGCUCGGCCACUGCUACCUUAUGCAGGAUGACCUGCAAAAGGCGUAUGCAGCGUACCAGCAAGCCUUGUACUUCUUGCCGCAGCCUAAGGAGGACCCGAAGCUGUGGUAUGGAAUCGGGAUCCUGUACGACCGCUAUGGCUCCUUGGAUCACGCCGAGGAAGCCUUCGCGUCUGUCCUAAAAAUGGACAAAGACUUCGAUAAGGCGAACGAAAUCCUGUUCCGCCUCGGGAUCAUCUACAAGCAGCAGGGCAAGUACCAGGAGAGCUUGGAGUGUUUCGAUCGUAUCCUCCGCAACCCGCCUAGCCCUCUCGCCCACGCCGACAUCUGGUUCCAGAUCGGGCACGUAUUCGAGCAGCAGCGUGACCACGUCCGCGCGCGGGACGCGUACGAGCGCGUCGUGCAAGAGAACCCGAACCACGCCAAGGUCUUGCAGCAGCUCGGGUGGUUGUACCACCAGGACGGGUCCUCUUUCCAAAAUCAGGAACUCGCCAUCCAGUACUUGACCAAGAGCCUCGAGGCCGAACCGGGCGAUGCCCAGAGCUGGUACCUCCUCGGCCGGGCUUACAUGGCCGGUCAGAAGUACAACAAGGCGUACGAGGCGUACCAGCAGGCCGUCUAUCGAGAUGGCCGGAACCCAACCUUCUGGUGCUCCAUCGGCGUCCUCUAUUUCCAGAUCAACCAGUACCGCGACGCGCUCGACGCCUACUCUCGCGCUAUCCGCAUCAACCCCUACAUUUCGGAGGUCUGGUUCGACUUGGGAAGCCUCUACGAGAGUUGCAAUAACCAGAUCUCGGACGCGAUUGACGCCUACGCGCGGGCCGCCGAGCUCGACGGUACAAACACCGCCAUCACGCAGCGGUUGGCGCUUCUCAAGCAGGCGCAGGCGACAGGGCAGGCGCUCCCUGCGGCUCCCGGUCCGCAAGAUGUGCAUCCAACUGCAUACGCAAACCCUAUGAUGCCGCCCGCAGGCUUGGGCGGUCCUCCGCUUCUGAUGAGCUCGAACUCUCGUCCGCUUUUCCCGUCUGACGCUCGUGGGGGCCACGAUCUCCCGCUGCCUGUGCCGCCACCGCUCGCUGGCAGGAACUCGCCUGGUCCAUUCCGCGGAGGUCCGCCGCCACCGGUCGUGCUCGAUGACAGCCGCCAUCUCCCCUCGCACACCCCGCUUGCGCCCAUGGAGGUCGACAGGCCGCCACUGCACACACGCGAGCACUCGAACUCGUAUCCACCUCCGCCCUCUUCCCGCGAGCCCGGUCCUCGCGGACCCGCCGGUCAGAGUUUGCUUCACCACCCCGCCCCGCAGAUGCAGGGUCCUCCUGACGCCCACCGCCACUCCGCGCACCCCCAGCACCCUCAUGACGCCCCGUUUCACCCCAUGCGCGUGCCGUCGACGUCCGCAUCUCCCCCGCCACACGCCCGCCCUCGAUCCACCGCGGGCCACAUGAUGCCGAACUUCGGUGAGCGCCCCCCUCUGGGUCCCCCACAGGUCUCAGGCGGCCCCCGGCGGUCGCCUCCCCCCUACCCUCGGGAGGAGCAGGGAUGGAACAGCAGGCGCAUGAUGGAGGGGAACGAGUGGGAGCGCGAGCGCCGCGGCCGCCCACCGAUGGAGUACGGGCACCCGCAGCCGCCGUUCUACCAGUCGCGUCCGCACUCGCCGCCCGUGGCCCCGCAGCGCCGCAACAGCUCGCGCUCGGCCCGCGACCGCAGCCCGCCCGAGGCGUCCCCGCGCGCCCACCCGGGCUACCCGCAACAGCACUGGGACGCGCGCGCUGGCCCCGGGGGCCCGACGAGUGGCCGUGCGUCCCCGCCGCGUCCGAUGAUGCACGAGAUGUCGCACGAGCCGGCGGGGAGAAGGUACGACCCUGCGCGCGAGUACGAUCGCGAGGUCGUCCUGGAGCCCCGCGCGGACCCCCGCGCUGACCCGCGCUAUGCCAGCUCGCCCGAGGCCAUGCGCAUGCACAUGGCGCAGCAGGCGCAUCAGGCGCAUCUCGCUGCCUCGCGCACGUCUGAGAGCCCGCAUCUGGGGCCGCAGGGCGUGCCGUCGGGCGAGAACAAGGAUCGGCGCCGGCGGCAGAACCGCGACAAGGACACGGAGUCGAACUCGUCCGUGACCGGGCCUGAGCCGGCGAAGAAGGAGCGCAAGCGGCGCCAGCCCCAGCAGAAGCGCGUCAAGGAGGAGGCGCAGCGCGGCGAGGGCCCGUACGACUCGAACGGGUCGACGCAGUCGGCGUUCAAGGUCGACUACCGUGGUUCGAAGGCGGGCAUCAGCCCGGAGCCUGCUAGCUCGAAUGGUUCGGGCUCUGCGAGCCGCUCUGUGCAGCCGUCGCCGACGAACUCGACGCACCUCCCGCCGACGCGGGCUUUGGAUGAGGACUACGACGAGGGUGUCGCGGAGACGUUGAUUGGUCUUGCGUCGUACAGACCCUCCGACCCCCGUGGCUUCGCUGCUCCCAGCGGUCCUGGCGGCAGCAGCCGCAUGGUUGCUGCUUCGCCCCAGCAGCAGCACCCGAUGGCGCGCCGCCCUUCGAUCUCCUCCCGUGCGUCUCCUUCGACGAACAAACGUCCGCUCAGUCCCGGACCCGACGACCAUCAGGAGGCGAAGCGCUCCCGCAUCGGCAGCAUGAGCCAGCGUGUCUCGCCCCCGUCGAACGGCCGCCCCACGCCCACCCCGUCGACACGGCUUAGCCCCAUACCCUUCCGCCAGCAGCCGACGUCGCACUCCCCUGACAUGCGCCAGCCUCCCGAACACGCACGCUCAUACCCCAGCAGCCCCCAGAUAGGCACGAACCAAGUGCAGACGUCCGGGCUGCCAACGAUGCUGCCCCCGCACCCGCGCCCGAUCGGGGCCGGGCACGGCGCCGUGCCGAACAUGAGCCUCCCGCCGAUGUCGACGACGCGCUCGCCACCGUCGAACGGGACGAGCCCGGCGGAGGACGAGCGGAUGCACUCGCGCUCGGCGUCGCCGCCGCGCGGCGGGAAGCGCGAGAUCGUGCUGCACAGCGCGCAGGGCGGGUCGCCGAUGACGAAGACGACGCCGUCGCCGUCGUCGGGGUCGAGCCACGGUAACGGUAAUGGCGCGGGCGCCGGCGGGCGGCCUGGCGGACCUGUCUCGUGA